GCCCCUCCAUCGACACCAUAUCGUUCGAGUCUCAAGAUGAAGUCUUGCAAACCUUACCUUACCUGAGCAACUCAUAUGAAAACCCUGUCCGUGUCUAGCUACUGAAAGCGUAGCGGUGUACCGUCCCGAUUUCCGAAUCGAUCCUUCUCAGCAAUGGCGAACAUGCAGGCCCCAGCACAGAUCCCGUUGCUCUACAGAGAUCUUGUCCUGAGGGAAGACGAAGCCAGCGAUGGAGAAAGCGACUCACGUAUCUUAAAGACCGACAGAAGGUCUGGCAUGCCUCGUAUGAUGUAUGGGACAGCCUGGAAAAUGGAGCAGACAGCCGAUCUGGUGUACAAGGCCAUCAAGGCCGGCUUUCGAGCUCUUGACACUGCUGCCCAGCCAAAGCACUACAACGAGGCAGGUGUCGGAGAAGGCGUCAGGAGGGCCAUCCGCGAGGGCAUUGCCAGGCGCCAGGAUCUGUGGAUUCAAUCCAAAUUCACAUCUGCAUCCGGCCAACGCGGCCAAGCGCCAUACGACCCGACCUCACCCCUAAAGACGCAAGUGGAAACCUCCAUUCUCGGGUCCUUGGUGUGCUUUCGUGUGGAGGAAGACCGAGAACCCUAUCUGGACAGCCUUGUUCUUCACGCGCCAUACAAGGACGACGCCUCCAAUGCACAAGUCUGGUCGUGCUUUGAGGAAUUCGUCCCCGACAAAAUCCGUUAUCUCGGCAUCUCCAAUCUCCUCGGAGAUUCAGGGGUUCUGGAGACUCUGUUACAGCAGUCACGUGUGAAGCCAGCCAUCAUCCAGAAUAGGUUUCAUGCCCCCACCAAGUACGAAGUAGAGCUCAGAGAGCGAUGGUGCACCGACGACCAGGGUGCCAUCAUCUUCCAGAGCUUUUGGACCCUAAGCGCCAACCCAGACAUGCUGGCGAGCACGGCUGUUGAGGAAGUGGCCCAGGGGGCUCGAGUAACCAAGACAGCGGCUUUCUACUGCCUAGUGAUGGGGCUAGGGAAAAUAUGUGUUCUCAACGGGACGACCCGUGAGCGCCACAUGCGCGAAGACUUGGAAGGCUGGGAGCUGGUGAGCACAUGGGCUGACGGAGAAGGCAAGGCUGCAUGGGAGCGAAGCUUGAGGGCAUUCAAGAGCAUAAUUGGGCAGGCGGAUUGAACGGGGCUUUGUCAAUGAUGCCUGUGGCGCUUGGUGUGGUAAUGGUCCCUCGUUUCUCUACUACGUUAUCAAGGUGCGGAUACUUUGCCCGUUGACGUGCGCAAGCAACCAAUCGCUGAACAUGGACCCUUUGAAACGCAGAGACCUGUGAUGAGGGUAAGUUAUUUCAAAUGUCUUUACACUUUGAGAUUAUCUUUACGCUGUCUGUUGAGUCACCAUCGUCGAGACUUGGUUAUUUGUCUUAGCCUUGCCGCUACGAGACCACUGGAGUGAACCCUCC